UAAUUUCACAUUUUAUUUAAUUUCAGCAUUUUUAUUUUCUUCAGAAGCUUGAUACAGCACUAAAACUAAAAAAGAAAAUUGCUCUAAAAAAAACUAAAAAAGAAAAAAAAAAAAAAAAAAAAAAAGAAUAUCAGAAAACAGAUUAUUCCCAGAAUUGAGGAGGGAAGGAGGUGAGGAAGGAGAAGAAGAUAGAACAUUCCAAAAACUUCUCAAACUAACAAGAAUCAUUUCCCAUUUGAAUUUGAAUUUGCUCCUGAAAUGCACAACAUCAUUCAUCACCGCCUCCCUCUCCCCACCGCCGCCGCAAAAAAGAUUGUGCCUUCUCUCAGCAUGUCCACAUCCUCACAAGAAACGGCGGCCAUGGAAGAGAAGCAGGAGCUCGUCAAUCAAGUCCUUAGAUAUCACGACCAAACCAAGCACUCCUUCACCAAAUACGCCCGCUCCGCGCGCGGCCUCGACUGGGCCAACCAGCCCAAUCCCUUCCGCCGCUACCUCUCCGCCCCCCUCCUCCCCCUCCUCCACGAUCACGCCGCCUCUCCGCCUUACCACUCCCUCUUCCAUUCGCUCCCACCUCCAAUUCCCCUCUCCAAAGCCACAAUCUCCCAACUCCUCCACAACUCCCUCGCGCUCUCCGCGUGGAAGACAACCGGAUACUCCACCUGGUCCCUGCGCGUGAACCCCAGCAGCGGCAAUUUACACCCCACCGAGGCUUACGUCAUCUCUCCACCUCUACACUCCCUCUCCGACUCCUCCUUCGUCGCCCACUACGCGCCCAAGGAGCACGCGCUCGAGCUCAGGGCUCGAAUCCCGCCGGAAUUCUUCGCCGGGUGUCUGCUACCGGAGAACUCUUUCCUGAUCGGGCUCGCGUCGGUUUUCUGGCGGGAAGCGUGGAAGUACGGCGAGAGGGCGUUUAGGUACUGCAAUCACGACGUGGGGCACGCGGUGGCGGCGGUGGCGAUGGCGGCGGCCGGGCUCGGGUGGGACGUUAGGGUUUUAGACGGAUUAGGGCAUGAGGAGCUGGAGAGGUUGAUGGGAUUGGGCGUUUUCCCCAAAUUCAGCAUCCCGAGCAGGCCGGUGAAGGGGAGGAUGCCGGAGCUCGAAUUCGAGCAUCCCGAUUGCGUGUUGUUGGUUUCCCCCAGUGAUUUAGGCGAAUUCGAGGUUGAUUACGGGAAGCUGAGAUCGGGGCUGAUGGAAUUUUCGAAUCUUGAAUGGAUGGGGAAACCGAAUGCGCUUAGUAAAGAGCAUGUGUGCUGGGAUGUUAUAUAUAGAACUGCGGAGGCUGCGAGGAAGCCAUUGGAGAUGGGUAAAGAGUUGGCGGCGGAGACGUUUAGGAGUAGUGGGAUGAUUAGCGAGAGUUGUUAUAAGAGGUUUAGUCUGAGUGAGUUGGUGAGGAAGCGUAGGAGUGCAGUUGAUAUGGAUGGUGUAACUGUGAUGGAGAAGGACACAUUCUAUCAGAUUUUGUUGCAUUGUAUGCCUUCGGGCUGCGGAGUGAACGGGGAGAAGCGUGGGAGGCAGUCGGCAUUGCCCUUUCGGGCCUUGCCUUGGGACUGUCAAGUUCAUGCUCUUCUUUUUGUUCAUAGAGUUGUGGAUUUGCCGUCUGGGUUAUACUUCUUGGUGAGGAAUGAGGACCAUUUCAAUGACAUUAGGUCCUCCACGAGAUCGGAGUUUAAGUGGGCGAAGCCUGAUGGCUGCCCCGAUGAUCUUCCUCUCUAUGAGCUCGCACAAGGUGACUAUCGCGAGCUCUCAAAGCGGCUUUCCUGCCAUCAGGACAUUGCUGGUGAUGGCUGCUUUAGCCUUGGUAUGGUGGCUCAUCUUGAGCCAACUUUGCGGGAGAUUGGUGCAUGGAUGUAUCCACGGUUAUUUUGGGAAACUGGAGUGCUUGGUCAAGUUCUCUAUCUAGAAGCACAUGCAGUCGGGGUUUCUGCUACUGGAAUUGGUUGUUAUUUUGAUGAUCCUGUCCACGAGGUUCUCGGGUUGCAGGGCUCUAAGUUUCAGAGCCUCUAUCAUUUCACGGUUGGCGGCCCGGUGGUGGAUAAGCGCAUAAUGAGCUUGCCCGCUUAUCCGGGGCCCAGCUCCGAUGCUUAACACGACGGACAAUGAAAAAAAGAGCCCAGAGAUGAUUCAUUCAUCACAGAAAUUGGUAAGGAAAUUAUUGCUUGUUUGUAGCUGAUGAAAGUUGUUCAUUAUAAAGGUUUUUAUUGCAUACUUUAGGUAGGUUCAUCACAGCAGCAGCUGUAAAUGGCUGUUAUAUGUUUAGAAAUCAUGGUGAGUAGUUACCAUGUAUCUUGUAAUUAUGCAAAAUUUGUAAUGUCUUAGCACACAAAUAUGGUACUUAUUUGAGAAUAUUGAGGGUGGUUGCCCUAAAAUAAUACAAAUAGAAGUCAUUCUUGAACUGGCAAAAA